UGGCAGUCGGAAAGCUUCGCAGGAAAGCUCGCGUGAGCGUCUGUGUACGCGCAGUGAAACCGUUAGCCGUUAGCCGAAUCGGAUCGAAUCGAAAGCCUUUUCAUUCAGUCACUCUCAACACACGCAGCACAGAGGGCGGUGGAAAAUCUCGUCGGGCGGAGCAAUCGAAUCGCUGGGAAAAUCGACUUGAACGGCAACUGGCAGAAGGAGGGCUAGUCAGGCAUCGGCUGCUACCAAACUACCGCAAAUCUCGCGAUUUAUUUAGCCAAAGGCCCGCAACAGCGACGUGUAUAUCUAGUAUACAUCAUCAUGUUAUUUAUGUGUCACCAAAUGGCAAUGAAGAAGGAGGCCGUGGAGAAGCUCAAAGCCGAGGAGCUCCGAAAGGCUCGGGCCAGUUCUGAUAUUCCCAUCAUCUGGAUCUUGGGUGGACCCGGCUGCGGAAAGGGCACCCAGUGCGCCAAAAUUGUGGAAAAAUACGGAUUCACACAUCUGAGCAGCGGUGAUUUGCUGCGCAAUGAGGUGGCUUCUGGAUCGGACAAGGGUCGCCAGCUGCAGGAGAUAAUGUCCAGCGGAGGCUUGGUGUCCAACGCCGAGGUGCUGUCGCUGCUCAACGACGCCAUUGUCCGCGCCAAGGGAAGCUCGAAGGGAUUCCUCAUCGACGGAUACCCGCGGGAGAAGAACCAGGGCGUGGAGUUCGAGGCCCGCGUUGCUCCCGCCGAUCUGGCUCUGUACUUCGACUGCUCCGAGGACACGAUGUUGCAGCGAAUUAUGGCGCGUGCCGCAGCUUCAUCGGUGAAACGGGAGGAUGACAAUGAGAAGACCAUCAGGGCUCGCCUGCAGACCUUUAGGCAGAACACCAACGCCAUCCUGGAGCUCUACGAGGCCAAAACCCUGACGAUCAAUGCCGAACGUGACGUGGAAGAUAUCUUUUUGGAAGUCGUCCAGGCCAUUGACUGUGUGCUGAAGAAGAAGAAGCAGGCAGCCGCCGCCCAGUGCUAGUAAAUUGGGAAUCCAUUAGGAAACCGGUACCAAAGUUAGCAAAGCAACGAAACCAAACUUUAUAAUGCACUUUUUAGCGCGAACCUCACAAUCUUAAAACGCUGAGCACAAAUGAAAGCGAAACACCAAAUAAAUUAGUUUAAAUCUAUAUUAUGUUACCAUAUUUAAUGGCAUUAUCCUUCAAUCGAUUGCAAGCAAUAAUUGAUCUAGUGCUUUAAAUAAAUUUACACAUUACAAAUUGAAUAAACUUUUUGUAAGGCUUACAGAUAUAUUA